CGGCCUGGGGGCUGCCCGUGGGCUGGCCGGCUCGAGAGGGCCGCGGCGGCCGCGCUCCCCCUUGCCCGGGCCGGCCCCGUAUUCCGGGGCUAGGAUGCGCCCGCUCGUCCCCCGGCAGGCAGCUCCCGGCCCGGCCCGUGGCUGAGACACCCCCAACGGCGGCGAGUAUGGCCUCACAGCUGCAGGUGUUCUCCCCUCCAUCUGUAUCUUCGAGUGCCUUCUGCAGUGCCAAGAAACUGAAAGUGGAGCCCUCUAGCUGGGAUGUUUCAGGACAGAGUAACAGUGACGAGUAUUACAGUCACAGCAAAAAUCUCCCAGGUGCUCAAGGGCCAGCAAGUUCCUCUCACCAGGUAGCAAACUUCAGCAUCCCUGCUUAUGAUCAGAGCCUCCUUCUUCCUGCUCCUUCAGUUGAGCACAUUGUGGUUACAGCAGCAGACAGCACAGGCAGCGGUGGAACAACAUCCUUUCAAAACAGCCAGGCCCUGACACACAGGGCUAACAUUGCUUUGCUGGAGCCGUAUAAAAAAUGUGGAUUAAAAAGGAAAAGUGAGGAGGUAGACAGCAACGGUAGCGUGCAAAUAAUUGAGGAACAUCCACCUCUCAUGCUGCAAAACAGACCUGCGGUGGGUGCUGCGGCCACUACCACCACUGUAACAACCAAAAGCAGUAGUUCCAGUGGUGAAGGGGAUUACCAGCUGGUCCAACAUGAAAUUCUUUGUUCCAUGACAAACAGCUAUGAAGUCCUGGAGUUCUUGGGCCGAGGGACCUUUGGGCAAGUGGCAAAAUGCUGGAAGCGCAGCACAAAAGAGAUCGUAGCUAUCAAAAUCCUGAAAAACCACCCUUCUUAUGCCAGGCAGGGGCAAAUCGAAGUGAGCAUCCUCUCUCGGCUGAGUAGUGAAAAUGCUGACGAGUAUAACUUUGUCCGUUCUUACGAGUGCUUUCAACACAAAAACCACACAUGUCUGGUGUUUGAGAUGCUGGAGCAAAACCUGUACGACUUCUUAAAACAAAAUAAAUUUAGCCCCUUGCCUCUGAAAUAUAUUCGGCCGAUUUUGCAACAGGUGGCCACUGCCUUGAUGAAACUGAAAAGCCUGGGUUUAAUACAUGCUGACCUAAAGCCUGAGAACAUCAUGCUGGUUGAUCCCGUGCGCCAGCCAUACAGGGUGAAGGUCAUUGACUUUGGCUCUGCUAGUCAUGUGUCGAAAGCGGUGUGUUCCACUUACUUGCAAUCACGCUAUUAUAGAGCCCCUGAAAUUAUCCUGGGUUUGCCAUUUUGUGAAGCUAUUGAUAUGUGGUCACUGGGCUGUGUGAUAGCUGAGCUGUUUCUCGGUUGGCCUCUGUACCCGGGAGCUUCAGAAUAUGACCAGAUUCGUUACAUUUCACAAACUCAAGGACUUCCAGCAGAGUAUCUUCUGAGUGCAGGAACGAAAACAAGCAGGUUUUUUAACAGAGACCCAAACUUGGGAUAUCCACUGUGGAGGCUAAAGACUCCAGAAGAACAUGAGUUGGAAACAGGAAUAAAAUCAAAGGAGGCUCGGAAAUACAUUUUCAACUGUUUGGAUGACAUGGCGCAAGUAAAUAUGUCUACAGACUUGGAGGGAACAGAUAUGUUGGCAGAGAAGGCUGACCGAAGAGAAUACAUUGAUUUGUUGAAGAAAAUGUUGACAAUUGAUGCAGAUAAGAGAAUUACUCCGCUGAAGACUUUGAACCAUCCGUUUGUGACAAUGAACCAUCUACUGGAUUUCCCACACAGCAACCAUGUGAAAUCCUGCUUUCAGAACAUGGAGAUUUGCAAGCGAAGAGUUAAUAUGUAUGACACAGUUAAUCAAAUAAAGAGCCCAUUCACAACACAUGUCGCACCGAACACAAGCACAAACCUCACCAUGAGUUUCAACAACCAACUCAAUACUGUGCACCAUCAGGCCAGCGUUUUGGCUUCCAAUUCUACAGCUGCUGCUACUCUAUCUCUGGCAAAUUCGGAUGUUUCACUGCUGAAUUAUCAGUCUGCCCUGUACCCAUCAUCUGCAGCGCCAGUUGCUGGUGUGGCACAACAGAGUGUUUCCUUACAGCCUGGAACAACACAGAUCUGCACUCAGACAGACCCAUUUCAGCAAACCUUCAUUGUGUGUCCUCCUGCCUUUCAAACUGGUCUUCAGGCAACCACAAAGCAUUCUGGGUUCCCUGUAAGGAUGGACAAUGCUGUUCCAAUUGUGCCACAGGCACCAGCAGCUCAGCCAUUACAGAUCCAGUCAGGAGUACUCACGCAGGGAAGCUGUACACCACUAAUGGUAGCAACUCUUCAUCCUCAAGUAGCCACCAUCACGCCGCAGUAUGCGGUGCCCUUUACUCUGAACUGCGCAGCCGGCCGGCCAGCGCUAGUAGAACAGACGGCUGCAGUACUGCAGGCCUGGCCUGGAGGGACCCAGCAGAUCCUGUUGCCUUCUACCUGGCAACAAAUUCCGGGGGUUGCAUUACACAAUUCUGUGCAGCCUACAGCUGUGAUUCCAGAGACAAUUGGUAGCAACCAGCAGUUAGCUGACUGGAGAAAUGCCCAUUCACAUGGAAAUCAGUACAGCACGAUCAUGCAGCAGCCAUCAUUGCUGACCAACCAUGUGACUCUGGCUACAACCCAGCCUUUGAAUGUUGGAGUGGCACAUGUCGUGAGGCAGCAGCAAAAUAAUGCCGUGCCAGCAAAGAAGAACAAACAGCCAUCCCAUAGUGCCACAAAGCACGCAUCAACAUUGGAGGCCAUUCCAUCACAAGUCUACUCUCUAAUUGGGAGCAGCCCUCUGCGUGCCACAUCUUCUUCCUCCAAUGCUCUCCUUCCGGGGCAAGAGCAGCAUCAACCUAUUGUUAUUCCAGACACUCCCAGCCCCCCAGUCAGUGUAAUCACCAUCCGCAGUGACACUGAUGAAGAGGAGGACAACAAAUACAAGCCUGGAAGCUUGGGCAUGAAGCAGAGAUCGAAUGUCAUCAGCUAUGUUACUGUUAAUGACUCCCCUGAUUCAGACUCCUCACUGAACAGUCCCUAUGCAUCGAAUGCGCUUUCCACGCUCAGGAGCUCUGGGGGCGCACUGGAGCCAAGCAGAGGGGCAGCUGAAAGCUCCAGCUCCCGUACCAUUAUUGUGCCUCUGAAAACACAGCUCAGUGACUGUAUUGUCGCUACCCAGGCCUCAGGUGUCCUGAGUAGUCUGAGCAAGGCCAAGCCUGUGGCAUCUGUAAGUGGGCAAACAUCAGGGUGCUGUAUCACGCCAACAGGAUACCGGCAACACCGGGUGGUGACAAAUGGUGUACAGCCGCUCAACCUUAGCCAGAACCAGCAAGCAACUGUAUUGGCCUCACAGGAGAGAAGUGGAAACCCAGCUCCACGCCGACAGCAGGCCUACGUCGCUCCCCUGCCAACAACAAUCGCUCAGGCUCCCUACACAUUCCAGCACAGCAGCCCAGUGCACCCCCACUUGGCAGCAGCAACAGCGAGCCAGCCCCACAUGUAUACCUACGCACCAACUACUGCUGCCACACUGGGCUCCACCAACUCCAUUGCUCAUCUCUUUUCCCCUCAGGGCUCCUCCAGGCACACCACAUACACAACCCAUCCAAGCACUCUCGUGCACCAGGUCCCUGUCAGUGUGGGACCCAGCUUGCUAACCUCUGCCAAUGUAGCACCUGCUCAGUAUCAACAUCAGUUUGCCACCCAGUCCUACAUUGGUGCUUCCAGAGGAUCUGCUAUUUACACUGGAUACCCACUGAGCCCGACCAAGAUUAAUCAGUACUCUUACUUGUAGUUCUUGGGGCAGGGAUUGACGGUAAUCAUUCCCAGCUUGAUCAUCGGAGUGGAGAGAUCUGCAGUUGGUUUUGCAAUAUUCUAACAGCUCUACAACAGGAACCUCUGUGGAAUCAGCGGAGGAUAAUGGGGGCCACCUCCCUCUUAUUAACAAUUCUCUUUAUGGUCUCCAGAGUCUGGUUGUACUGUUGGAGGAGGCCUGGUGUGUGUGGGAAGCUCAGGUAAUGACUGGGCUGAAUCUUUUGGAUCAUAUUUUCAUUCAGAUUUUACAGUUAAUUUUUAUGGAUGCUUUAAAAACAACAACUAAGGCCUGAAGCCCAUUUUAUUUAAAACUAUUGUUACGUUAAUCAGAGGAGAAAAGGAAAUCAAGGACUUUUUGAAAAGGCUGGUGGUUUUUUUAAAAAAACUCUUAUACUUACCUAGUACUUGUUUAAAUUAUUUUAGCAGCUUGCACAAAUCCAUAUUGCCACUAAAAAUGCACAUUUAACUCUAGGUUGCUAGGGCAGAUUUAUAAACUUGAGUUAGUAUUUUAAAGUUAAUUUUGUAAUUCACAUUCUUGAUAGGCAAUAGCUGAAUUCUGCAAAAGCAGUUAUUCUCCCCCUUCUCUCUGUGUAGUUUUAAUACUUUCUGUUCACUAAAGCUAGUGUAGCAAUUUGUUUUGUUCACAGUUCCCAUUUAAACUAUGAAUCUUUUUUUGUAAUGUGUGAAUCUCCAAAAUGAAGUUGAGAGGGUUUUGUUUGUUUUUAUAAUUGCAGAAGCAAUUAAUACGAGAUCACAAGCUAUAUUAUGGUUUGACUGUUUUGUCGGAAAGCUUGUGUUCUCAGCUGAAAAUGCAUAGGCCUGCAUUAUUCUUUUGAGGGCAGAAGCCCCUGGGGACUUCAUCUGAUGAGGCCUCACUGAAAUGAGUAGGAGAUAGACAUCACCUGUUUGUUUCCACAGACUUCAUCAGUAGCUCAGGCCUCUAGAUUAUACCCUUUCAGUUUCAUUUUUUAAAAUAAAAUUUGGAGCUGGAUUCCUUUCCCAGAAAUGCAGGGACCUCUUUCCCAUCAUGAUUUUUCUUGCCUGGUCCAUUUAGCUGAGGAAUCCAAAAUUCGCCAAAACAGCAAUCUACUGAGAUGUACAACUUUUUAUACUCCUGCAAGCAUAUCCCUCUGGGACCUUGUUGGCAGAAAACUUUAAAGCGCUCUUAUUAAGACUUGUAUACAGUAAGUGCAUGUAGGAAUUGCAAAAACAUGUCACACAAAUUGCAGAUUUUAAAGGUUUAUUACUGAAUUUAAAACUAUUUUAGAAGUUUUGUAAUGGUGGUGUUUUAAUAUUUUACAGAAAAUGAAAUAUGUACAUAUUGAUUAGAACAAAGUAUAACAAGCAAAAUUUCCUGCUAAUCCCAAAUGUCCUGUCUUUGUAAUCAAAACGUGUAGUGAUUAUACUUGAACUCUGUACUUAGUGUUUGUCUAACUCUUAAAUGUUUCUGGGGAUGAAAUCGAUCUAUUCCUUUGUAUUUAAACCAAAAUGAGUUGAUACGUGUUGGAAUGUAUGUGAAAUAAUGCAAUCGUCUAGAGCUCAUCACUGUAGCACUGAGAAAAAAAAUGGAGCCGCAUGAGAGACAAGGAUACCUUCUGAUUUGUUUUGCACAGGUAUGUGUGACUGGUGUGUCUCCCCCCUCCCCCAAAUAUUGUAGUGCCUUAAAUGAUUAUGUAGUGUGACUAGAGUUUACAGUGAGCUUGCCUUAUGAUGGACCAGCAAGCCCCUCCGCUCUCCGUCAAGCUGAAGCAAUUCAUUGAGCAUAUCCAACUGAGGAUAGAAAUAAGUGGCAAAAAUAAGUUGCUUUAAAUUUCAAUGCCAACAUAAAUGGAGCUAUGAGUAUGAUCCAGCCAAAGUUGAGUACUUUUAAACUAGAAAGUUAAGGAUAUCCUAACUUGCUCCCAUUGACAUUGAUGGCUCAAAUUGGAUAUCAAGCCAAACCCUAGUUUGUGCUCACCAUUGACCCGGUUCACAUGUCACUGGCAAUCAUGUGUUAAUUAAUUAACCCAUGUUUUGCCAAUAUUAUGUGCAAAAAGGGCCAUUGUUUAAAACUUGGAUCAUGGAUUUAGUUUCCACAGCCAAACAAUGGCGUAGAGCUAUUUAUCUGCUUUUGUUUUCUGUUCUCUGAGCUUUCAGAUUCAUGUAUUUGUAAGUUCCCUCCUCCAUGGUACAGUUGCCUCAGGAGGCAGAGAGAUCACCAUAACUUAUGGUUUGUUGAUUCAAACAACAUGCCAACCAUAGCUAGCACAAGCCAUGGCUUGCAAACAUACUUCAAAUCAUUCUCUGAUUUUCUGGCCACUUAUAAGCCAUGGUUUGUCAAUGCAAACAUCAUGACAAACAUUAGUUAAUCUUCCUUAACCCUGGCUUGGUGUGAUGUCUGAAUUGAGCCAAUGAGACCUAAACGUACUUCAGUUUAGCUGGAUUGUGUCCUAGGUGUUUUAUUUGGAGUAAAGCUUCCCCCCAUCCCUCAAAAUGUAACCUAUACUAUUUGCUGUCAGUGCAUCUUUAAUAGGGUAUUGUGCUGGGAAUGCAUUGGGAAAUUUAUCUGAUGUUGCAGAGGUGAUUAAGCACGUGCAAUUACUUUUCCUUAGAUUAUAUUGUAACAGUAUCUCCCUACCCCACCCCCUUGUGUGUAGCAGAUAAUCCUUGUAAAAUAUUACUAGUUUGGUGUUAAGAACUUUUUAUACCAAAGAGAGCCUGCUGGAAAGCACAUAAUAUUCUGAAGUUUUAUUUAACACCACUAGUAAUGUGGCGCUUUUGGGAAGGGUUGACAGCUGUAGCACUUGGUGUUGUGAGGAAAUGCACACUUUACCUGGCCUGCUGAUGGUGUGCUUUUAAAUCACAUUUGAUUUCAUGGAUUCUAUCAAACUACUGUUCGUUUCACCACUGCCAUUAUGCAGAGAAUGAUCUUGGCCAAAUGGAGAAUAAACUGGCUUGGAGAGUGAUAUUGCUACAGCAAUAAAAGGCUUUGACAGCCUUGAAAACCCCAGUUUGUAUUCUGUCCAGUCUGGAUCAUAAGAUUAUUUUUGGUACAUUACAAAGAAUUCAGAAAUGUCAAAUUCAUUUCUGAAUCAUGCAUAAUAGCAUGCUGUAGCCUAGCCCAAAUGUGAACACUUAUAAAAUAAUAUAGGGCAAUAACCCUGAACCUAUUGAAGCUAGGAUAGGGGCUUUGCUAAUACUUUCAGUGAGGACAAGAUCUGAGUGAUCUUAAAGCCACUUAUCCCAAAUAGGACUAAGUAAUUUGUGGACAACAAGCCUUCCCGGUUCCCUUACAAUGAGGAAUCUGUUGUCUGGGGCAAUAGAGGAGAGUGGUUGGUGAACACCGUGACUAACCGUGAACUUUUCAUUCUACUGUACUCUUGCUCUGUUGCUUUAUAUGUUUUUUUUCCUUGAUGUGAAGAUAACAAAGGAAUUUCAGUUCUUUACAUUAUUGGUGUCAACAACGCUUUCUAUUGCUGUAAUGGUUUUCUGCUUAGUGUCAAGCCCAGUUUAAGUUUUUCCUCCCCAAAUUCUAUGGCCUGUAUGCCAGUCCAACCUACAGAAAUUCUGAAAGCGUUUUUUACCCAAUUCCAAAAGUAGGGCAUUUCCAGUAUAGACAAGACUCCCAGUUAAUCUGUUGGGAGAAAAAUGCAAAAUAUUGGCUUAAAUAUUCUGGCCUCCAAAGUAACACAGGAAAUGUUUUUCCAAGAUGCAAAACACUUCGUUUACCUAAAGUGUAAUUAGAGCCCAGGAGUUUUAAGUGAAACAAACCAUUUCCAAAAGAUGUUUCUCCAAAGGUCUAGGUUCUGGUCAUCUCAGUGAUUUGUCCCAUAGAUCAGAUACCUUUUAGCUCUGGAACUAGCCAAGCAUGUACUUAUGGUUCUGCCCUACUAAAGCCCCAUUCUCCGAAAGAGCAGAUGAAGUGGCAAAUGUAUGCCUGGACUCUUGUUGCUUCUGUUUGCAGGUAGGGCCUCAUGUGAUGGAAUGUCUCCCCACCCCAUCCCGCACACAAAAAGGAUCCAUUGUACAUAGGAAACUAGAAUGUCUAGAAACAUUGUACCAUUUUUUGUAGAAAGGAGGGUACAAGUCAAAUGAAUAAAUAAAUAAAAUUCUUCUAAUGGUGAGUUUUUCGUUGUGCAAGGAUUUUGUUUGGUGGAACAUUCAGUCAUGUGAGCCUCUGGUUUCAUGGUGUGGUUAUGAUACACAUUUGCCACUUCAUACGUUCUUUUGUGGGGCCUUAGGACUUAAUAGGGCCUAGGGCUUUUCUCCCACUGCAUAUCCAGCCUGCCUCACUGUGGAUGGAAAGAUGUAAGAUGAUAAGUAGGCUGCACAGCUCUGCAGCAUCUCUGAAUGAUUUUGUCCACAAAACUUAACAUAUUUCAAAAACAAAUCUUUCCGAAUCAAUUUGAAUCUCCAUAGCAUGCUGAGGCUGUGUUUUUGCAUGCAGCUGAAUGUGUGCACAAGUCCUAUUGAAAUUUGUGGGACUUACACGUAUGCAGCUGUGUUCAGUUCUGCAGCCUGAGUUUGCAGUAAACCUGCCUUUUUGUAAUGAUGAGAGAAUAUAUGUUUUAUCUAGUCACUCCUGUGAUUAGUUAAUCCAAUUAUUUAAUGUCCCUGAUAGCUGAACGCUCACCUCACAGCUGUUGAUACUCCACUGCAAAAGCAACUUCAGAGCUUUACUGCUUGCACAUAGUUGACCAGUGCAGUACUAUACCUCUGACUCAAUUAAAACAAAUAAAUACAUGGAAUUUAAAUUGCUUCUAGGUGACUGGGAUUGGCACAACCCUGCUUUCUUAUUUUAAUUUUUAACUUAUGAAUGGUGCCGCAUGUUGACAUAGUUGUUUGUUUGUUGCUAAACUUUAUAUAAUGUGUGAUUUCAGAUUCAGCUUGAACUAUUAUCUAACUCACUACAUGUAGCAGUGCAUUAUAUGUAAUGUUAGUAUUUCUGCUUGAAUCCUUGAUAUUGCAAUGGAAUUCCUACUUUAUUAAAUGUAUUUGAUAUGCUAGUUUACUGUGUAGAAUUUAACUUUUUUCUGGUUGUGCUCUUCCUUUUUACAAGCCGCUAGAUAAAGGUAGUUUCUGACAAUUACUGAUCUAUGUUUGUAUUGCCAAUGUACUUAGGGGGUAAUGUAAAAAUCAUUUUAACAAAAGGAAAUACAGAUAUUUAAAAAAAUUUAAUACUAACUAUAUGGGGAAAGGGUCCAUUGUGAAAACAUAGUUUAUCUUUGGAUUCAAUGUUUGUCUUUGGUUUUACAAAGUAGCUUGUAUUUUAAGUAUUUUCUACAUAAUAUGGUAAAAAUGUAGAACAAUUGCAAUGCAUCAAUAAAAAGGGUUAAUUUUCUGUACUCUA